CUGUUUGUUUAACGUGACAAUUCCCCUUUAAGGAAACCACAGGGAAUGAGGGGCGAGAGGAGAGAUUCUUGGUAGCGUGUUUGUGUCACGUCACGCAGGGGCGGGUUCCACCUCUUGCGCCAACUGUGUAUUACUCGACACCAGUGGAGAAACAGCCGAGAGAAGACGCUGUUGUGAGAGGAGUUGCUUGGGAUCUGGGAUUGCUGGGCGAGCCUUCAUCGUGUUUAAGGAUUGUCACGGGCGCUGUAGUGAAGCUAUGUUUUACUGGGAGAUUCUAAGCAAAUAAAAGGGUCUCUGCAGCGGUUCCAGACGCCUGGUUUCCAGAACCCCCCAGUCGUUUGAAGGAGGUGUGAAGGCCAUGCACCUUUAAACAGCGCUUUCAGAAGAAGUUGGCACCCGAUUGCUAACGCACUUCAGCGGGAAUACGUGCGUUUGAGUUCAAGCUGCGAUGGGGAACCAGCUCACGGAAAUCGCUCCCAACACGCCGUUUUUGCCCAACUUCCAGUCGUUGCAUGUGGUCGUCAUCGGACUCGACUCCGCAGGCAAAACGUCGCUGCUGUACAGGCUCAAACUGAGGGAGUUUGUCGAGACGAUUCCCACCAAAGGGUUUAACACGGAAAAAGUCAAAGUGGCCGUGGGCAACUCGCGGUCCAUCACUUUCCAGGUUUGGGAUGUGGGCGGCCAGGAGAAACUGCGGCCUCUUUGGAAGUCCUACACCCGCAGGACGGACGGGAUGGUCUUUGUGGUGGACUCGACCGAGGCCGAGCGCAUGGAGGAGGCGAAGGUGGAACUGCACAAAAUCACCCGCACCUCCGAAAACCAGGGGGUCCCCGUGUUAAUCCUAGCCAACAAGCAGGACGUGCCCGCGGCUCUGUCCGUGACGGAGGUGGAGAAGGUGCUCGCCCUCCACGAGCUGAGCGCCUCCACUCUGCACCACGUGCAAGGCUGCAGCGCCUUGGACGGCCAGGGACUCCAGCCCGGGCUGGAGAGACUCUACGACAUGAUCCUGAAGAGGAAAAAGAUGCUCAGGCACAGCAAAAAGAGGAGAUGAAGCACAUCCGUAAGGGAGCACGGACCUUUUUGCGAACCUGUCUUUGAGGUUCAUUUACAUGGAAGGGAUUUGCACCAGUCGAAUUAAAGGAACAAUUUUUUGAUGGCCCGGGAAUCAAAAGCUAAAAAAUUGUCCUUUAUGCGACCCAGUAUUGAACUUCCAUAGCUAGUCAUUGCUGUAAGGCAGUCCUUUGUAUUCAUGGAAAAUAAGAUUGCUGUCCUAGGCUGUAGCAUCCUGAAUGUAGCCCAGGCAUUGAUACGGUAUGACAUAUAUUUUUUUUUUCUCCAGACGGGCGUAUUAAGGUUCAUAGCUCGGUUAGACACUGAAUUGCACAUUCACAAAAAAGCCAGUUCUAUGCGUUCUGAGAAGACUGAUGGCUGUUUUGCCAGUGCUAGCCUUUCUUCAAUAGAGGCUGGAGUGGCCAUGUCAGUCAACACUGAAAUACAGUAAAAUUGUUUUGUUCUGGUAGUUGUGGACAACGUGUCUGAAAUGAAAUCCUGCUCAAUUUGCAGAGCUCAAGUGGUAGUUGUGAUAAUGGACUGUUUUUACACUCUGUACAUAUGUUUUUGUAAUGCUUAUGAGUAAAUAAAUUAUUGAGAACUUUGACAUGA